AUGGGCAGUUUACGGGUGCUGGGUGCCAUGUGGGAGCCCACGCGCGGGGCGGCGGGAGGGCGGGGCGCGCGAAGAUGGCCGCUGCCGGCGGGGGCGUGUCGCGGCGGGGGCGUGUCUCGGCGGGGGCGUGUCGCGGCGCGUAAAGUGGCAGCGCGGCGGAACCAAUCGAAAGCGGCGAAAGCGGCGGCCGCGUUCCAACCCGGGCGCGCUGACCAAUGGCGGGGGCCGUGGGGGGCGUGGCCUGGCCGGCGCCGACACCGGGCCGCGCGCGGCGGAGCGCGCUCCCCCGCCGGGCCCGGCCGCGGCCGCCGCCGCCGCCGCCGCUUCCCGCAUGGAGCCCCCGCGCCCGCCCACGGUGCUGCUGGCCGCCGCCCGCCGCCGCCGCCGCGAUUCUCCGCCGCCUCUUCCUCCCGGGUCCGGCAGCGGCGGCGGCGGCGGCGGCGGCGGCGGCACCGCCCGAAGGCUCCUCUCCCCUGCGGCGGCCGGGGGUUGCCGGUGGUAGCCGAGGGCUGGCUGCCACGCCUGGGGGAGCCGCUGCCGCGCCGGGAGCCGGCCAGCCGGGAAGCAGUGCUGCGGGUGCUGGACGCCGGGCUGGAGCGAUGCCUGGCGUUACAUUCGGCAUACAUCCCCGUGCCCCGGCACAGAAAGCUCUCAGGCAAGGCGGGCAUCGACGAGGUGAUGGCAGCCACGGUGCUCACCAGCCUCUCCACCAGCCCGCUGGUGCUCGGUCACCCACCAGCCACCCCCGCCCCAGAGCCCGGCGGUGAGGUCUGGAAAGAGGCACCCGCCAUGUCCUCCAGCUGCAGCAGCAGCAGCAACACCAGCGGGGACUGGAGCUGGGACCCCCCCAGCGACCGCUCCACCCCCUCCACCCCGUCGCCCCCGCUCUCCAGCCACGUCCCCAGCACCUUCCUGCCCGCCCCGCUGCCGGACGAGGGCCCCGACGAGCCCGACGGCACCCACUUCGUCUUCGGAGAGCCCAUCCCGCGGAAGAGGAAGAACUCCACCAAGGUGAUGUUCAAGUGCUUGUGGAAGAGCUGCGGCAAAGUCCUCAGCAGCUCCUCAGGGAUGCAGAAGCACAUCCGAACCGUGCACCUUGGCCGGAAAGCCGACCUCGAGCAGAGCGACGGCGAGGAGGACUUCUACUACACGGAGCUGGACGUGGACGUGGACUCGCUGACGGACGGGCUCUCCAGCCUGACGCCCGUCUCGCCCACCUCCUCGGUGCCGCCCGCCUUCCCCGGCCCCGAGGCGCAGGGUCCGGCGCCGCCGACGCUGCCGAGCCCCGACCUGGCGCUGGCCUCCCCCCGCAGCCCCCCGGCCCCCCCCGGCCUCUGCCAUAUCCACACCGACCACGCGUACCAGGGCUGCCCGGCCCCACCGCGGCCACCGGUGCCCCCCACCGCACCCGCCCCGCCGCCGCCCAAGCCACCCGCCAUCCCCAGGAGGCCGCGGGGGGAGGCCAAGAAGUGCCGCAAGGUGUACGGCAUGGAGAACCGGGAGAUGUGGUGCACGGCGUGCCGCUGGAAGAAGGCCUGCCAGCGCUUCCUCGACUGACGCCAGUGCCACCGGUGCCGCCGCCGCCGCGGCGCUCCCUCCUUCUUGCACAUUUUGCACUCGAGGUGCCUUUGCGCCCCCCCUUUACCCCCACCCACCCCUACCACCCCCCCUGCCGCCCCGGGGCCCCCCCGGACUCAGGGAACGGCCCCCCC